CAAGGUGCGCAGUUCGGCUUCAUUUAAUGACCAAGCCAACUUCUAAGCGGAUGCCCUCGGUACUGGACCCCAGGUUUCCUGUCUUCUAGCCCAUUGCCCUUCCUACCAGCAGGAGUUAAACCGCUCUUCCCAGUGGAAUUUGCACUUCAUGUAUGUUCUCAGGAGGGUGACCCCUGGGGUUUGGACAUCCUCCAGCUUUCGUUCUCAGAGCUUCCUCUCAGGCCUUGCUAGGAGUGUCUAGUUCAGGGACCUUCCGUUUGCGUUCGGAGUUCCUCACCCCAGCUUGUCUUUCCUUCCGCUUUAAAUCUCAUGUGGCCCCACUGUCCAGGCUGUAUAUUGGACCUGGUUUUUGUGGGUAAACCAUGGUUUCUCUCGUCUGCAGCUCGGCUCCCUGACAGAUUUUCUUCAGUAAGAGGUGACUCCCGAAGCUCUGCGAAACGAGUGUGGUGUGUGAUUGCAAGGCGCGAUGGCUGCAAAAGUGGUUCCAAUGCCCCUAAAGCCUAAGCGGUCCUUUAUACUGAGAGUUCCUCCGGACUCCAAGCUGGGCCAAGACCUACUUCGGGAUGCUACUAGUGGGCCCAAGACCAUCCACCAGCUGGUUCUGGAGCACUUCCUCACCUUCUUGCCCAAGCCAAGCCUGGUCCAGCCCAAUCAGAAAGUCAAGGAGACCUUGGUUAUUAUGAAGGAUGUGAGCUCAAACUUUCAGAACAGAUUGCAACCUCAUCCCAUGGUGAAGAUUCUGCCCAGAGAAGGAAUCCAGCAGAAACAGGACACAGUGUCUCUGUAUUUGAAAACUGAGCCUGAGGAACUGGUGGUCCUUGAGGACUUGAAUGUAUUUCACUCCCAAGAAGAAUGUGUGAGCCUGGAUGCUGCUCAACAGCCCACCUCAGAGAAGGAAGACAAUGUCGGGGAGAUGAUGUUACUGGUCAAUGAUGUUAAUCCUGAGAGUGAAGAUCUUCAGAAAGAAACUGUAGAGAAUGAAGAUCAUAGAGAAGAGAUUUCAGAUUGUGAUGAAGUAGAUCGUUCUGUGGUCUCUGAGGAAUCUCCAUAUUGCCAUAAAGAAAGACUUAAUACAUCUAUUCCCAAGCAAAGGAAAAUGAGAAAUCUUCUAGUUACCAUUGAAAAUGAUACUCCACUAGAGGAACUCUCAAAAUAUGUGGAUAUCAAUGUGAUUGCACUUACCCGAAAUCGGAGAACAAGAAGAUGGUACACUUGUCCACUGUGUGGGAAACAGUUUAAUGAAAGUUCUUACCUUAUUUCCCACCAGAGGACUCACACUGGAGAAAAACCCUAUGACUGUAGUCACUGUGGGAAAAGCUUCAAUCAUAAAACAAACCUUAAUAAACAUGAGCGAAUCCAUACAGGAGAGAAACCUUAUUCAUGUUCUCAAUGUGGGAAAAACUUUCGUCAAAACUCUCAUCGGAGUCGCCAUGAAGGAAUCCAUAUAAGGGAGAAGAUAUUUAAGUGUCCAGAAUGUGGGAAAACCUUCCCAGAGAACAAAGAAUUUGUGCUUCAUCUGCAGAGUCAUGAGGCUGAAAGGCCAUACAGUUGCAAAAAAUGUGGGAGAAGAUUUGGUCGGCUGUCCAACUGCACCCGGCAUGAAAAAACCCACUCAGCAUGUAAGACCCGAAAGCAGAAAUGGGAUCAAGAAAGGUCUGAUGAUCCUGCCUCAACCUGAAAUGUUUCAUAAGGAACUCUGAAUUCCCUGGCUGUCAGAAAAGAUGCAGAAAUGGGAAAACCUCAUUAAAGCCAAAAUUGGAUAAAUACCCAUCUUGGCUAAAACCUCCAAUUUUUAGAAAAUUCACAGGGAAGAAAACAUCCUCAAGGGCUAUACCUCAGUUAGCAUCCACACUUUCUGGAUAAAGGAGCUUUCUUCUGUGAACUUAUACAACAUUGUAGAGGCCACAGAUCCCUUUCCCACAAUGGCUUUGAAUAGGACUCUG